GACGUCAUUCCCCCUCGCUUAGGCACGCGGAGUCGCCAUCGCAUUCCUGUCGGCCCAGUGUAGGCUCCGGUGCGGUAGCGAGCGGCUGCGGCGGUAUGCGGUCUGUGAGUUACGUGCAGCGUGUGGCACUUGAGUUCUGCGGCAGCCUCUUUCCGCACGCCAUCUGCUUGGGGGACGCUGACAACGACACGGUGCGGCCGUGACGCGCUGAAUGAGCUAGUGGUAGGAGACACCAAUGGGAAACUCUAUGUGUACAAAAAUGAUGACAGCAAACCCUGGACUGUACGAUCCUGCCAAGGAAUGCUUACAUGUGUUGGUGUGGGAGAUGUAUGCAAUAAAGGAAAGAAUCUUGCAGUGGCAGUGAGUGCAGAAGGUUGGUUUCAUCUUUUUGAUCUGACUUCCCCUUCAAAGCACCCAGAUGCUUCAGGCCACCAUGAGUUAGCGGAAGAGCAGAAGCCAGUGUUCAAGCAACAUAUUCCUGCCAACACCAAGGUCAUGCUGAUCAGUGACAUAGAUGGAGAUGGGAAGUGUGAGCUGGUUGUAGGUUACACUGACAGAGUGGUGCGUGCCUUCCGCUGGGAGGACUUAUCGGAGAAUUCAGACCAUGUCUGUGGGCAGCUGAUCCUGCUAAAGAAAUGGUUACUGGAAGGUCAGGUGGAUAGCCUUUCUGUGAAUCCAGGCCCUGAUGGCUUGCCAGAGAUGAUGGUGUCCCAGCCAGGCUGCGGUUAUGCCAUUCUGCUGUGCACCUGGGACUCUGAGCAACAACCCACGAUAGAGGGGAGAGACAGGUCUUCCCCAAGCAGGGAGGCCCCUCUUCGAGACGUUAUUCUCCACCAAACAUCUGGCCGGAUUCACAACAAGAAUGUUUCCACUCAUCUGAUUGGUAGCAUUGGCCGAGGCUGCUCCAGUGUGGGUAAUGGCUCGGGUCUCUUUGCCCUAUGUACACUUGAUGGGACAUUGAAACUCAUGGAAGGGGCAGACAAGCUGCUGUGGUCUGUGCAGGUUGAUCACCAGCUAUUUGCACUGGAAAAGCUGGAUGUUACUGGCAAUGGACACGAGGAGGUAAUUGCCUGUGCAUGGGAUGGCCAAACGUACAUCAUCGAUCACAAUCGCACAGUUGCCAGAUUUCAAGCAGAUGAGAAUGUCAGUGCAUUCUGUGCAGGCCUAUAUGCAUGCAAACAAGGAAGCAACAGCCCCUGCCUGGUUUAUGUCAGCUUCAGUCAGAAGAUUUACAUCUACUGGGAUGUGCAGCUGGAGAGAAUGGAAUCCACCAAUCUCUUAAAAAUCCUGGAGAGUGACCCAGAGUUUGGCAGUCUCCUGCAGGAGCUGGGUGUAGAAAAAAGUGAUGCUUCUUCAAUCCAAGAUCUGAUUUACAAAACACUGUAUUUUCCUGAGAAACUACAGCCUAACAGCCCCUUGCAGUGUCAGAAUCCUGCUGGAACAAACUCCUCUGCCCACCACACUGUCAUCCAGAAUCCCUUACAAGACUCAUAAAGGUGAACAUCUUCCAUCCCAUUGGAAACACUCUUCUGACUGGAACUGAGCGUUCACCCUGCAUGAUAGUAUUCUCAGCUUGUCUCUUCUAUCUCAGCUGAAUUUGGAUGGGAGUAAUAGGCUCACCUGCUAUAUUACAUCUGUAUCUUCACCCAUUUGUAUAAUGUUUUACUGGACAUGCAUAAUGGAUGGAGCAGUCCCUUCACUAUUAUGGCAGCCUGAGAGGGUUGGAUAUGAGAGCAAAUAUUAUUAAUUUGGUGAUUUUGUGUUAGCAAACAAUAACAUUUAAAGAUCUUGAAGGCUGUUAUUUAAAAGCUUGCUGUGCUAUGCUCUGCAAAAUAUCCAAGAGCUGUCCUAACAGGGAGAAUGAAUUUUGUGUGGAGGAAUAGGGUGUCUUGCCAUUGGAUCAAAAAGUCUGUUGCUCUUGUAUGGGAGGACAGGACUUUUUACAUAAUACUGCAGCUGUUCUUUUUUGUUUGUUUGUUUUUGUUUUUGCACUUUCCAUUUCUAAAUUAAUGAAAUAUUUAUAGAGGACAGAAUCAGUCCUCUGUAUCUGAUGGCUGUGAAAAUUGAAGCACAAAGCAAUAAAGUGAUACAACCUGCUUUCUAACAGUGAGCACUCCUAUUGCUUCUCAGAACAGCAUUCUUGCAUCUCUGACUACUCUGUAACCACAGUGGAAUUUUUUCCCCAUUUUAAUGACCUCUCAGAAGCAUUUUUGCAUGCUCCCAUAUAAUACUAAGUGCUUGUAUAUAACUGGACUAAUGAGGCAAGAGCUCUGAAGUCACAGUAAUGCUUUGGUACCAGUGUUGCUCAGAUUAGUGGAAGUUGUGAGCAGCAGGGCUUGAAUUUGUUGUCUAUGGAGAGCUAACAGUGUAGGAACCACAUACUAAUGGGAUAAAUAAGGAGUUGUUUUGGGGCUGCUCAGCUCUGGACUGUAACUUCAGGGAGUUCCGUCAGCUGUCAUGAUGCUGCGAUAAACAGCCACCUGUCCCACUGGGCAAUCACCAUACAGAGCAUAGCCUUAGCUGCUGGCAGUGCAGUGUGACUUGGGCUCUCAUCAUUCCCACUGUGCUUUCCUAAUAGUGAUGAGUCCUGUACUGGCUAUUAGUUAGGUCAUAGUAAAUUGGCCUCCCUCUAAUUUCAGGUUUCUGUUUCCAACAACCUAGAGCUGCUGUUCUGAUGGCCAGAACAAGUGAGGAUUCUCAUUUUUCUCCCUCAGAAUUUCAGGUGAAGCAGUAGCAGCUACCCUUCUCUCUUCUCCUGUGGCCCAGCUGUAGAGGUGGGAUGAACAGGCUGGUUCUGAGAUACAUUCCUAGUCCUGUUGCUACUUGAUUUUAAUCUUCAGAAUUAGCAGACCUGACACUGAGGGACCACAGUGCAGCAGAGUUCUGCAACACAGGUUACCGAGAACAUAUUGUGUGGGAACUGUUGAAUCAUGGCCCGAACCACUGAUUGAUCACCUGAGGCAAGCACUGAGUAAGCCACGGGAGCACAGGUGAAGGCAAUUCACCUGUGUGACCAGAAGGGGUGGAACCUGGCUCCACCUCUCCUAGACCCCAUUUAAGGGCUGACUGCCUCGGGAGAAGGAUCUCUUUCUGGAGGUCACUCCCUUUGGAGUUUUUCUGGGCACCUAAGACAUGGGAAGUGCUUCCAUUUAUUUUUUUAUUAUCCCUUUCUACUGUGAUAAUCCUUCUAGUUAUACAACCUGUAAAAUAGCAGCCUAACCAUACCGCUCUGCUAAUUGUAUAUUUGUUGAUUGUAUGCAUAUAACGGAUCAACAGGCAUAUGUGUUGUGGCAUGUGCUGUUCCAUCCAUAAAACAAGUUGCUGUUCUUUAUCUGUGUUGGGUUGUGUAUUUUCUCCUCAUGCCUCCUUAAUUCUGUGGCCUCUGCCUCCUACACUGGGGACAUAAACAGGAUAAUUACAAAUAACAGCAGUGUCUUGAGUUCUCACUCAUGGUUUGCACAACCUGGUGUGUGUACAGCUGCCCAGGUGAUGGACUCUUGCUGUAUGUGCUUUGAUGAAAAUAGAGCACUACCACAAUUUGUGCUUCUCAUGGCCCCACUUAGCAUCUUGUUUGGCUUUGGUGAGGCAAGCAGUUUCCAUAGAAAUACUCUUCUUGAGCCCAUGUUGGGAUCUCAGAGGUUCCUGCAACGAUUGCCUGGAACAUUUCAUUUGUCACUGGUUGAGCUAAUCUGUUAGCUGGGUCUUACAGGCUGUUAUAGUGCUACUGCAUUAAAACUUCCUGACCCAUAACAGCAAAAGAAGAUUGUCUACGCUCAUUAACAGAGAACAUCUUAGCGCUGGCAGUUUAUGCCAAAUGGGAAUCUUUCUUAGCAACACAAGCAUAAGGGGGAUACAAAUAGUUGUAUGACUGAAACUGAUCUAUGCGAAACAAAUUUUGCCAUACAGGUCAAAUGAUAAGCAGUUCAAAUUGAUCUACUGUUGAAAUGUUGAUUUAUUUUAGUCAGAACAGGAAAGUGUUAAACCAUCUUAAAAUAUAACAAAACAUGUAAAUGUUGCAACUUGUGCAGCUUAGGCCUCUUCUCCUGUUGGAUAACAUUGCUUUGUGCUGUACAAGCCCAAGAAUGCUUCUUUGUGGAAAAUAAAGGUCAGAAGGUAUGGACACUAUA